UCCGAAGGCUCCGGGUGUGAGGACUGCUUCCGGACUCCGGGUACGGCGUCUCACCGCAGCUGGCUCCCGACUUUUCUCUUUUCAGCCUCAAGGAGGGCUCGGGGCUGCAGAAUUGCAGCCUUGCCCAUGGAUCUCGUUGGUUUUGGGUAUGCGGCCCUUGUGACGUUUGGAAGCAUUUUGGGCUAUAAGCGGAGAGGUGGCGUUCCAUCUUUGAUUGCUGGUCUUUUUGUUGGAUUUUUGGCUGGCUAUGGAGCUUACCGUGUCUCCAAUGACAAGCGAGAUGUAAAACUGUCACUGUUUACAGCUUUCUUCCUGGCCACCAUCAUGGGUGUGAGGUUCAAGAGAUCCAAGAAAAUAAUGCCGGCUGGGCUGGUUGCAGGUUUAAGCCUCCUGAUGAUUCUGAGACUUGUCUUAUUGCUGCUCUGAGAAUCCAGAGGAACUGAAAACUGAAUUCCUGUCAUUCCACACUAUCGGGCAGAGCAUACUCUACGUAUGUAAAAGAUAAAUUUCAAUGUGGAAUGUUUAGUGUCUUAUUUUAUGUUAGAAACAAAAGAAACACUGUCACUUCUAAUAUGAACACUAGUUUGAGGUGUUUUUUUCUUAAACAAAAACUUUGUUUUCCAAUUGUCAGGUACUAUUUUCAUUAAAGAUAGUUCAUAA